AUGCGAGAAGAAACAAAGGAAAAAAUAAUAAAAGCUCUAGAAAUCGCAAAAACAAUAGUUCAUUGGGGAUUUAUUCCAGCUAUUCUUUAUCUUGGAUUUACCAGAAGUCAUCCAAAACCUUCUUUGAUCAGUUAUUUAAUUGUACAAAGUUUAUUAGAAGAAUUAUCCACGUCUAUCAAGGGUGAAACCGUCGAAUCUAUUAUUGAUGAAGAGGAAAAUAAUAAAAAUUCGCAACCGAAAAAUCUAAGCAAUUUAUAUCAGAAAGCAUGA